AUGGCGCCUCAUCCCGAAGUUUUCCGAGGAAAGCUCUAUCUCACACGGGGUAAGGAAGAUACUCCGAAGGGUUUACAUAAUAUAGCACGUGACAACUGCAAGGACUGUACAACACUUGCUAGGAAUUGCCGUAGUGAAUGUACAGGGAAAAACGACAGAACUGUCGAUAUCGUGAUUGAAGCCAACAAUCCAUUAUCGGAAACAGCAGAAGACCCUGAUAACAAAACAUCCCAGCAUCCUGAAAAUGAUCCGGAUGUUCCGACAUUACGUUUCGGCGUACGAGAUCACCCACCGUUUGUGUUUUCUGUGAUUCUAGCCAUUCAGAAUGUGAUGUUGUCAUUUUCGUCAAAUUUGCUCAUGAGCGUCACAAUCGCAGACCUCGCAUGCGCAGACAGAAACGACCCAAUAAGAGCCAAGCUUUUCAGUACGUCCGUGUUUAUGGUAGGACUAACUACGAUUGCGCAGAGUGCUUUUGGAAUAAGAUUACCGAUAUUUCAAGGCGUUUCCGAUUCUUUUUAUGGACCCUUGCUGGCAAUGCGAUCAGCAGGAGUGUUGUCAUGUGACAGUUCCAGCGACGUAGAAUCGGAAACUAUGUCAACCAAUUAUACGGUGCAUCAGAAUGUUACCAUGGAAACUGAACAAGAAAUGGUUUAUUAUCGGGUUACUCAGCUCCAAGGAAGCUUAAUGGCUGCCGGUCUUGUAACGGAAGUGUUCUUAGGAGGAACUGGCCUUCUGGGAUACCUGGUGAACCUUGUGGGCCCCAUUACAGUCUGUGUGACGAUUUCCUCGAUAGCACUGUCCCUAUACCCAAUCCCUUUGCGAUACUCUACUGCAUUCCUUCCGGUUGCUCUUUGUGGUGUAAUCAUGAUGAUUUUGUGUAUCAUGUAUCUCACACGAAUCAAAGUCUCGGUACCCACAAUGCAAUGCGACAGGAAGAAGGCCAACAAUCGACCAAAGUCGUCCAAAACAACGAAAAUGCCAAUUUUUCAGACAUUGUCGAUUUCCAUCACAGUGAUGUUUACGUGGGCGCUGUGUUGGGUACUGACUUUGUCCGGAGCUCUACCAGAUGACCCCAGUGACCCCGCCUAUCGUGCCCGGACAGACACACGUGGAAAUAUAAUAUCUUUGUCACCAUGGUUCUACUUUCCAUAUCCAGGUCAAUUCGGUCCAAUCCGUUUUAACACAGCCAUCUUCCUAGGGUUUAUCAGUUCAUAUCUGUCUUCCAAUAUCGAGUCCAUCGGGGAUUACAUGAUUAUCUCCAAGCAUACGGGAACAUAUCCUCCACCCAUGCACGCCAUCAACCGUGGAAUACUGACAGAAGGAAUCCUGGGAGUAGUGGCGGGGGCCCUGGGGGCCGGGCAUGCUACUACGUCAUACAGUUCAAACGCUGUUCUCAUCAAACUUACACAGGUAGCUAGUCGGAGCGUCAUGGUGAUUGCUGGCUUUAUUUGUAUGGUUUUUGGGGUGAUCGGCAAACUUGGAGCGGUAAUGGCAUCAGUUCCGGAUCCGGUUAUAGGGGGCGUGUCCUUAGUAAACUUUGGUUUACUAUUGUCAAUUGGACUUUCAUUACUACAGAAAGUAAACCUGUCAUCUACUCGGAAUCUUGCUGUACUGGGCACGUCAUUGUACAUAGGCUUAGUCACUUCCGAAUGGUUAAAAAUCAACAGAAACUUCAUUAAUACAGGUAACGCAUCCCUAGACCAGGUGCUAAAACUGGUCCUAGGAACUCAGAUGUUUGUAGCCGGACUAACCUCUAUCAUUCUGGAUAAUACUGUGAAAGGAACAAAAGAAGAGAGGGGAAUGGGCAGAUUGCCAUCUUUCGAAACCGGAAGCGGAAGUAAGGUCGAUACGUACCAUUGGGUGUACGAUGUUCCAGGGAUAUCGAGGUUACAGAAGAAAAUCCGGAUACUUCGUUAUAUUCCCUUUCUCCAACCUUACAGACAACUAUAA